GUCAUCAGUUUCGAGCGAACGAGCAACAUUUGGACCCGAAGCCCCUUCGAAGAACGAUUCACUUUCCAAGUCCGACUUCAUUCAUCCACAAUGAGAACCGUCCAACUUGCUCGCGACGCAUACGCCAAAAUUAUUCUACAUGCAGCUCGAUUCCCUUCGUCUGGUGUGAAUGGCAUUUUGCUGGGCACGCCAAUCGAUGCUAGCACCGCUGGGAGCAGCAAGCGCGACUUCAAAGUGACGGACGCCAUUCCGCUCUUCCAUUCACAACUAAACCUCGCUCCGAUGCUUGAGUUUGCACUCCAUGCUGUGUACGCAUACGCGCAAAAGCAUCAGCUGUCGAUUGUGGGAUACUACCAGGCUAGCGAGACAAUUGGCUCAGGAUCCAUCACUGGGCUCGCACAAGUGGUGGGCGAUCGAAUUCGCGCUCUCUUUCCCGAUGCCGUUGUGUUCAUGGUCGACAACCGAUCCAUUGAUCAUCAAGAAGGCAAUCUGGCAUUGAAUCCUUUCAUUCAUACUGGCAGCGCAUGGCGUCAAGAGGCAGAGAGCAGCAACGAGUUGCGGUUAUCCCCCAUCGAUCCCGAAACACCAAAGUUUGUUGUGGAUCACAUCAAGCGCAAGACCUUCCGAGACAUUGUUGACUUUCAAACCCACCUCGAGGAUGUUUCCCUCGACUGGCUCAACCCCAAGCUGUUUUCAUGAAGAGAUUGGGCGCGUCAUGGCUGGCGGUGUUCAUGCAAAUGAAGUACAGCAUUUUUUUUUGCAGCAUGUCUUUUCCUUCCUAG